AUGUCAUCUUUCCAGGUGGUGGACUCGUCGCCGGGCAGCAGCGUCAGCAUCAUGGAAACGUCCAACUUUGCCCACGUCAUCUUCCAGAACGUGGGGAAGAGUUUCCUGCCGCAGGCGCCCCUGGAGUGUUGCUACACCCUGACCCCCUACAUUACACCCAAUCCCAAAGACUGGGUGGGCAUCUUCAAGGUGGGUUGGAGCACAGCCAGGGAUUACUACACCUUCCUUUGGUCUUCUGUACCUGAAAACUACGAACCAGGAAGUACUGUGCACAGCACUGUGGUGUUUCAAGGGUAUUAUGUCCCUAAAUCUGACGGAGAGUUUUACCAGUUCUGUUAUGUCACACACACCGGUGACAUCAGAGGAGCCAGCACGCCCUUCCAGUUCAGGUCAGCUACUCCCACCGAGGAGCUGUUGACCGUUACCGAGGACGACAGCAACUCAGACAUACUGGUCGUCACCACGAAGACGGGCCUGUUAGAGAGAGUGGAGGAGGCACAGCAGGAGCGCAGGGAGCUGCUGAAGGCCAUGCGGCUCCUGCAGGAGGAGAAACAUCAGCUGCAGGAGGAGCAGAAACGACUGGCCAGGGAGAGGGAGCAGGAGAGGGAGACAUGCUGUCUGCUGCGGACACACAACCAGGAGCUGCUGCGCUCGUCGCAGGGCCUGUCAGAGGAGAGGGAGGAGGUGAGGCGGAGGCUGAAUGAGGCCACGGACCGAGUCCGCCAGCUAGAAGAAGACCUGCUGGGAGUCAGCCAGAGAGGCCUGCAAAAGGAGACGGAGCUGGACUGUCUGCGUGAUCGUCUGAAGAAGCUGACGGCAGAGAGAGACAGUCUGGAGAGCCAACUUAAGAACGAGAAGGAUGAAAGAGAACUCUACAAGGUCCACCUGCGCAGCUCUGAGCUGGAAAACACGAAGCUGAGUGCAGAGCUCCAGAUGUUGAAAGCAGUGGAGCUGAACCGCGAGGUGACCAUUGCCCAGUUCCAGGAGGAGCUGGAAAGGCUCAGAGCCUGUCAUGCCCAGCGGGACAGCUUAGAGAAAGAGCUGCUGGUGCACAAGUCUGAUAAGGCAGAACUGGCCCGUAUACGCGAGCAGCUCCGUCAGGCCGAGGAGCAGCUGCAGGCGUCCCGGCAGCAGGCGUCCCUGCUGGCCGCGGAGCUCCGUGACUCAGCCAGCGCCCGGGACCACACGAUGACUGAGCUGUACCGCGCCCGCUUGGAGGCUGACAAGCUCCGCGCCAGUUUAGCCGAUGCUCAGGCCGAGUGCCAACGCAUGGAGAGCCAGUUAGACCGCAUGAGGAGCACUGCACAAAAGGAAGUGGGUGUUGGGACAAGUGGGGAGGUGACACCCAGUAUGAUGGUGGUGUCAGAAGCAGAGGCUGAGCUGCAGAGGGAGGUGGAGGAGCUCAAACUGCGUCUCCACAUGGCUGCUGAACACUAUAAGGAGAAGUACCGGGAGUGUCAGCGCCUCCGCAGGCAGGUCGCUAAACUGAACACAACCGAGUCACAGGGGGAGCCAAAAAGAAAUGCAUCGACUGAGACAACACACGAACCGCUGACCCCUAGUCCAGAAUCACCCACAGCAGGAAACAUAGCUACUGCAGUUCUACAGGAAGCAACUGAGAUAACACUCAUCCCAGAGCUCCUGAGCAGGAAACCUACAUCCACUGACACACAGCUCAGUACAGAUACAGAUGACAGGCAGACAGAGCAUAUUCAGAGGGAGUGGGCCGAGGCAGAGAGUGUGGGAGAAUGGAUCCAAAAUGAAAACAAAGAAAAGGAGAAGAAAGAAGAGAAGGAGAGCCUGCCGGAGGAGAGCCUGCGGAUGACGAGCUGGGUAGAGGUGGAGAACAAGAGGCAUGGCGCCGAGGUGGAGGGUGCACUGAAGCUAGAGGAAGUGAGGCACGUCGAGGAGGUGCAGGUGCUGCUGGAGGUAGAGGUGGAGGGGAUGAGCAUGGAAGAGGUGGAGAUAGAGCAGACUCGCUCGGUGGAGGAGGAGCUAGCGAUGAUGGAGGAGAAGUGGCGGGAGCAGUGCGCCAUCAACGAGACGCUCAAACAGAGGCUGGCCAAUGAGGAGGAGCGAUUCAGGGUGCAGAUGGCCGAGCGAGCCAGUGAGGUGACGGAGCUGAAACGAAACCUGGCCCAGGCGCUGAGAGACAAGGAGCAGCUACAGGAGGAGCUGCAGCGGUACGUGUGCAGGCAGAGGGAGCAGGAGGCCGGUGCCCAGGCUGCUGAGGCCAGGCAGCCCAUGGUGCUGCGCUACCCGCUGCCCUACCCCCAGGACCCCUCCCCUCCACCGCUGGUGCCGCAGCGGCCCGCUGAGCUGCAGUUCGGCAAUCCCUACUCCACCGACACCACGAGUGACCGGGCAGAUAUUGCUCUUUCUCCUGAGCACAUGUCCCGUCCACCACCGGAGGCCCCGCCCUGCGCCCCUCCCUGUGCACCCCCGAUGACACCUCGAAGCCCGGAAGCCGGGGCACCUGGCUGGGACCGAGAGGUGGUCUGCAUCCAGCCCUGUCGCAGCACCAGCCCCCCUGAGAGCCUGGAGCAUCCACCAGAGGAGCCACGAACUGUCACUGACGGGGCUCAGCCGUCCUGUGAUCAUCAGUCCAGUCGACGCCGUGAGGCCAGGGGCAGCUUCUGCUUCGACUCCAGUAACGACGUUCACAAGCGCUGCCCGCUGUGCGAGGUGAUCUUCCCCCCCCACUUCGAGCAGCGCAGCUUCGAGCAGCACGUGGAGAGCCACUGGAAGGUCUGCCCGGUCUGCUCCGAGCAGUUCCCGCUCAACUGUCAGCAGCAGCUCUUCGAGCGGCACGUCCUCACGCACUUCGACGGCCACGUGCUCAACUUCGAGCAGAUCGAUUGA